CGCAACUUCGCACUCGGCCAGCCAGUCCAGCCAGCACUUUCCCGAACCGCGCACGCGCGUACGUUCGCCUGUAUUACAACACUCGGAAACGAUCCGAAAUUACGUGAUUCCAUUUAAAGCCAUUCCCAUUCAAAGUGUAACUACACGUUAAAUCGACUGAUGUAUGUUAUAUAAAAACUAUUAAGUAACGGGCUUUUGUCAGUAUCAUCCCGUGGUUGUUUUUGUGAGCCUCGUGCAUCGCACACGAUAAAUUUUCAGCGGUGAAACAGACACACGAGAAAAGCGGGAAAUUGGGAGCGACCGGCAGAGAAGCUAGCCGCAGGAUUUUGGAUCCACAGAGCAUGCGACGGCUUCACUUGACAGAUCGACAUCUUCGCGUGAUGCUGUGGUGCAUUCUGCUCGGCUUGCAGCCAGCCUUCGCUGGCAUCCUCGACCCCUUCAACUGGGCGCGUUCAGAUCGCAUAGAGGUCAACAUCCCAUGGUUACCAUUUGAAAAUGAAACAAGAUGCUAUGAUGAGCUAGGAUGCUUGAACAUCACAAGGAGUUGGUAUCAUCUCAUCCACAGACCAUUCAAUGUUUUCCCGUUGCCGAGAGUUGUCAUCAAUACCAGGUUUAUUUUGUAUACAAAGAAGAACCCGACUGAUGGACAAUUGUUGAACGUGAAUGUUAACAAAACCAUAGUGAAGUCCAAUUUCAACCCAAAGAGACUUACGAAGAUGAUCAUUCACGGUUUCAUCGAUACGCCGCUCUCCAACUGGGUCAGUGAAAUGAAAGAUGAGCUCGUGAAAGCAGGUGAUUUCAAUGUAGUUAUAGUAGACUGGGCGGGUGGCAGUCUGCCAUUGUACACACAAGCCACAGCCAACACCAGGCUAGUAGGACUAGAAGUAGCACAUUUCAUCAACACUUUACAGAAAGAACAUGGUGUGGAUCCAUUGGAUGUACACAUUAUAGGCCACUCCUUAGGUGCCCACACAGCAGGUUAUGCAGGUGAAAGAAUACAGGGCUUAGGAAGGAUAACAGGCCUGGACCCGGCGGAACCGUACUUCCAAGGAAUGCCGACGCAUGUGCGGUUAGACCCGACCGACGCUCAGCUCGUCGACGUCAUUCAUACCGACGGAAAGAGCAUUUUCCUUUUAGAUUUUGUGUUUAUGGCAGGAUAUGGAAUGUCACAACCUGUGGGGCAUUUGGAUUUCUAUCCGAACAACGGGAAGGAGCAGCCAGGUUGUGACCUAACUGAAGGACCACUCGUACCGCUCACUCUUGUCAAACAAGGACUUGAAGAAGCUUCGCGGGUUCUUGUGGCGUGUAACCACGUCAGAGCCAUUAAACUGUUCACAGAAUCUAUCAAUGGGAAGUGUUCUUAUAUAGGACACCAGUGCCCGUCAUAUCAACAUUUUCUGACCGGAAAAUGUUUCCAUUGCGGACAUGGUUGUGCAAUAAUGGGAUUCCAUGCAGACAGCUCUCCUGGUUUGAUUACAAAUAAAAACAAUCAAUCGGAGAAUGAGGUCUAUCCGUCUGAAGAGCAUGAUACGAUUGGCGCCAAGUAUUACCUAAGUACAGGCAAAGACCUACCGUAUUGUCAACGCCAUUACAGAGUGGCUAUUCAACUGGCGAAUCCCAAAGGUGCAGAAUCGUGGGUGCAGGGUUUCCUGAAGGUAACUUUGUUGUCCGACAGAGGUGUCAUUCGCGGUAUGGACCUAACCCCAAAUAACUACGUAAAAUUAGAGCAUGGCACUACAUACACAAUAGUCGUAACACACCCUAUGGACUUGGGAGGAAAAGUUAGAAAGGUGGAACUAUCGUGGGAGUACGACAUGAAUGUACUAGAGCCGCGAUCUCUAUGCAUACUGUGGUGUAAUGACCGCCUGUACGUCAAGUCUGUUCUCGUUGACCAAAUGGAACUGCCAAGCAGAGGGAAACGAAACGUUGACUUCAGCACAAAGUUGUGCACACCGAAACGUGAAUUUGCUGAAAUCCCCAACAGGGGCUCUGCCAGUUUCUAUGACAACUGCGGCAGGUAGCUGUGCCAUAAAUAACACGUAGGCUUUCCACUAUAAACUUUACAGUCUAUUCACAUAGACUCUGAGAAAAAGCUUUAAAAUGAAAAGUGGACGUAGUAACGAAAUGGACACAUUCGCCGAAGUGAAAUUAUCAGUGCAGUGAUAGUUUUCAUGCGUGAACUUGUUACAGGGUGAACAUUUAGCUGCGUUUAUUUAAAUUAUGAACUUGUGUUUUUAUUAGAUUUAGAGGUUUUACACAAGCAUUAUCGGAGUUUAGGUUAAAAAGAAAACCAGUUUAACUGUAAAUAAAAUACUCAAUUAACAAAAUUGUAAAUAGUCUACGCAUUUUAGAAAAGUUUACCUAUACGUCGUGUUUCGAGAUAUUAUUUUAUGAAUUGUGGAUGUUAUAAAGCGUUCUGUGUAUUUUUGGACAUUUAUUUUGUUAUAUUGUUACAACAAUCUCAGUAACUAAUUGACUGAAUUUAUUUUUGUAUACAUAUGUACUUAUUGUAAUCUUAUGACUAGUGAAAUACUCAAAGUUUUUGUAGAUAUUAUGAGUUGAUAUAGACUUGUAAAUAUUUAAGAGUUAUAUUUAUAUUUUUGUAAGAUUUUAGUUCUAAAUCAUUGAGGUAGCAACUGACAAAAUGGCGUUGCAUUCCUGCCUACAUAGCUUCAGCUCAAUAACUUUUUUGUGAGCUAUGCGAUUUUGUCCUUUGUUAAUUUUAAUAGAAACAUACUAAAAUUUAAAUAUGGAUAAUUUACAUCAGGUAGACUACUUUUUCUGUUUGAGUUUGAAUCUUUAGGGAAUAAACGAACCUGUGUAAAUUAGUCGUAGUUAUCGAUAUGCCUAUGAUAACUUUAUAUUUAUUACUUGGAACCAAGAUCAUCGGACAAUCUAAUUCAUAUUUCCAUUACGUGGACCAUUUAAAUUUAGGUUUCCUAUACAAAACGAUCAAACAUGUAGUUUUAAAGGAUAACAGAAGUACAAUUUAUUUUAAAGCAUAGACAAAAAUAGGCAAUAGAAUAAACCCCAACUUUGUUAUUCACACUCAAAAAUACUACAGAAAUAUACCUACAAUAUUAAAUUCAUCGAUAAAUAAGUUUGACCUAGGUACUCAGGUAAUUUGUCUCAUGAGAUUGGUUCCGUAUUGAUUGUUAACUUGGUACUUUUAGUACCUAACUGUACAAAUGUUCUUCUAGUAAUUAAUUUACCUACCUAUAUGAAAAGGAGCUGUAUGAAGGUUAAAGAUACUAGUUAGUUAAUUUUAACGUUAAUUUCACACACCUAUGACGAUCCUGCAGUUCCCCAAGACCGAAUUUAAAUAUUUAUGUCAUAAAUAGGUACGUUAAUUAAAUCUAAUCAUCUCCUAACAUCCUAAGUCCAACUCGCUUUUGGUGAUCGAUAAUACCAAAGCGUCACAUUUUCCGGUUCGAGUUUAUAUGUAGGUACUGGUUCAUUUCAUACGAUAAAUUCAAAAGUUUGUUAAAUAUCAUAUUUAUAAAAAAAAAAUGCA